CUGGACCCCAGUUUUACUGUCUGGGUGGGCCGAGCUCCCCAGCGGUUCUCAGGUGCAGCCAAGGUUGAGAAGCCCAGACCUGACGCACCUUCAAGAAAAUACACUUUUAACAGUGACAACAGCAUUGCCCCUCAUUUUCAGAUCCAUCCGUUUCACAGGCCUCAGCUGGACUGUGCAUUCAUCCGUUAGCUCUCCUCUUGCAUCUAGAAGGACUUUGCGUGGACUCGAGAAGGCACAUAAAUUAGUAAUACAUUUAAGUGCUGAUAAGGUUGUCCAACCCGAGGUUCUUUGGUGUUGAUCUCCAGUUCAGCGAGCACGGCUGUUUUCUCUCAGACCUGGGAGGCUUCCGUUUUGAGCGACUCUGACGGCCUCCCCGAGGGACUGUCUGUGAUUCCGUCCCACGUGCUCUGUGAGGAAGGGCCGGGAUUUGCAUCAUUUGUCAUCUUUCGUCCUAUGAAUGUGGUCGUCCUGUAGGUUGUUCGGAGACUAUUUGGGCUACUUCCCUCCCCACCCCACCCGCAGACUGCCCUCUGCGACCCAUUUACUAAGAUUUUGAAUCUAAUGUACGAGAAAAUAUUCCAUGCAGCGGCUCCACUUCCGAGGGACGGGCUCAGCCCUGCCCGCCCCCAGCCCCACGCAGGAAGUGCGUCCCUGGGCCUCUGAGUGCGCGGCCAGCUCAGUGGCCGGAAGUGUCCGCGGGGAGGGGCUCAGCCUGCUUUGCACUUGCAGGCACUACGACAUCCUGGAGGACCGCGUCCCCUCCGGCCUGGUCGCCGACUACCGCAGCCUGCUGGCGCAGUGCGAGGGCGUCUACAGGAGCUUCCUGAACCUGCGGAGCAGCGUGUCGGCCUGCCACGCGGACUCGGAGCAGGAGAACGUCUCCAUGGUGCAGGGGCUGGAGUUGUACUCGGAGCUGGAGCAGCUCAAGCAGAAGCUGAAGCUCAUCGAGAACCCCUUGCUGAGGUACGUGUUCGGUUACCAGAAGAAUUCUAACGUCCAAGCAAAGGGUGCCCGUCCGAGUGGCCAGAAGGUCACGCACAUCGUCUCCUCCACCAUGGUGACCGGGCUGCUGCAGGCCCUGCUCAGGGACCGGCUUUGUCAGGAGCCGGGUGCGGAGGACACGGAGGUCCAGUUCCACAGUGACCCGCUGUCGGCCGUCAGCGCCUGCUAUGAAGGCGACAGGGUGAUCGUCUGUCCUGGCCGCUACGUGGUGCAGGGCGCCAUCUCCAUCGCUGACUCCAUCGAGCUGGAAGGGUACGGGCUGCCCGAUGACAUCGUGAUAGAGAAGCGGGGCAAGGGGGACACCUUCGUGGACUGCUCGGGCGCCGACGUGAGGAUCUCCUGCGUGAAGUUUAUCCAGCACGACGCCGUCGAGGGCAUCUUAGUCAUCCACCGGGGCAGGACCACCGUGGAGAACUGCGUGCUGCAGUGCGAGACCACCGGCGUGACCGUGCGCACCUCCGCGGAGCUCGUCAUGAAGGCCUCGGACCUGUGUGGGGCUAAGGGGGCUGGCGUGGAGAUCUACCCCGGCAGCACGUGCUCCCUGAGCGACAGCGGGAUCCACCACUGCCGCGAGGGCAUCCUCAUCAAGGACUUCUUAGAUGAGCAUUACGACCUUCCCAAAAUCUCCCUGGUGAACAACAUCAUACACAACAACGAGGGCUACGGCGUCGUCUUGGUGAAGCCUAGAAUCUUCUCUGACCUGCAAGAACACGCCCAGGGCGGAGCCGAAGGUACGCCCACCAGUGCCCCCGAGUGCCUCCUGCCCACCGUCUUUCUGGGCAGCAGAGCUGAGCUGACUCAGUGGGACGUGCAUGGAGUUCAGGCCCCGACCCGAUGCUGCGGUUCUGUCGUGAGAAGGGUGGCCCUUGGCCUGGUGGGGAGGCCUCUUCCUCCCGCCGCUGCCGGGAGUUCUGUGUCCUCAGGGUUCUGUAGGUCAGAAUGUAGGGGUGUGGCCCAGGGUUCU